AUGGAUGUCUGUAUCUUACAGUGCUCUUCCUGGCGAGUCCUCUACAUUCCCUGGUACUCGCAGGGAAGUGAGGAGGGAGACUGGGCUGCUACGGGGCGGCAGGGUGUGCCCAGGAAGCUGAACCAUCCAGCCUUGAGCUCACGCCCACCACUCCCCUUCCGGAGCCUGGCGCGCAGAGCUCAAGGACCCGAUGGAGGCUGCCGGGCGCGGGGUGUACUUCUUCUAGGCGCGGAUGAGGGGCCCCAGAGAGCGCAGCGCCAGGAGGCGGCGGGCGCGGGACUGCUGCAGGCGGCCAGCGGGGAACGCCACGCGCUGCUGCUGCUAACCUACCGCGCCCUGCACCCGUGCGGGGACAACAGCCGCUGCCAGCUGGGCCUGAGAGACGUCUCCAGCAGGGAGCGGCCAGAACCAAUCCAGGUGUUGGCAAAUCUACCUGUUGAUCUUGUGAGCUGUGGGAAGGAGCACUCCACUCUCUGCCAUAGAGGAAAGGUCUUCGCAGGGGAAGUGGGUUCUGGUGGACAGCUGGGGACUGGAAAAUUUGAGGAAAUCAGUUUUAUCCCUCAGAAAAUAAAAGCUCUGGCUGAUAUAAAAAUAAUACAAGUUUCCUGUGGACACUACUACUCCCUGGCAUUAUCAAAAGUUGGGCAAGUGUUUUCAUGGGGAAAGAACAGCCACCUGCAGCUGGGCCUAGGGAAGGAGUUCCCCUCUCAAGCCAGCCCUCAGGAGGUGAGGUCCCUGCAGGGGAUCCCGCUGGCUCACGUGGCUGCAGGAGGGGCUCACAGCUUUGCCCUGUUUCUCUCUGGAACUUCGUUUGGCUGGGGAAACAACACCGCAGGGCAGCUGGCCCUCAGUGGGAAUAAGGUCCCAGUGCAAAGCUAUAAACCUCCUUCAGUUGGGGAGCUGAAGAAUCUAGGUGUGAUUUAUAUCAGCUGUGGUUAUGAACACACUGCAGUGCUUACUCAGAGUGGCCAGUUGUUCACAUUUGGAGGCAAUAGCUUUGGACAGCUGGGGCAUAGCCCCUCGCCAGAUAAUAGGCCACAACUUGUGGAAAGGACUGAGGGCCAAGUUUCACAGAUAGACUGUGGAAGCUAUCACACCCUUGCCUACAUCUAUACCACUGGUCAGGUGGUGUCUUUUGGUCCUGGACCAAGCAAUCCAAGUCAUCUGGAGACCCUAACAGAGAACUCUGACAUUAUAUGCCUGAUUUCUGCUGAUGAUCUCAGGGAUAUUCAAGUCAAGCACAUUUUUGCUGGAACAUAUGCCAACUUCAUGACAACUCAUCAGGUGGCAAGUUUGCUUGGUAUGCUGGCUGCUGCACUGUCCACUGCCAGCCUGUGGGAGGCAAAGCAGUGCCUACAGGAUGCUCCUUCAGGAGGCAGCACCCAGAGCACCCUGAAUCAAGACUGGCAUGAGUACAGGAAAAACGAGAACAGGCUUGGUGGUGGUGAGAAAGCUUUCAGUGAAAGAAGGGGAGGCAGACGACGUAGCCUGAUGUCAGAAACUGAAGAAACAAUUUCCAUUGAUGGGGAUUUACAGAUGGCAAGAGAUACCUUCAAGAAGUUAAUGGAAAAGGAAUGGAUUUCUUACAUGGUAACUGAAUGUCUGCAGGAUAAUCUGCCUGGAGUUCUUCCAUACAAUUCUCCACCCCAAGAAGCUCUGGAAAUUUUCCUCCUUCUCCCAGAAAGUCCUGUGAUGCAUGAUUCUAAGAAGCGGAGGAGCCUGGUGGUUCCAUUUGCAGAGUUUGUUUUUAAAAUGAGUAACAGAUCUUUACGAGUCCUGAAAGUGUGCUGGAAAUCUUCGGAAGCAUCUUCUCUGAACACAUUGGUCCAGAUGCUUAAGACAGCCAUCAUCUCUGAACUUCAUUAUCCAAACUAUCUAAAUACCUGUAAUCUCAAAACUCUGCUAAAAAUGAUGAAAGAAGUGCAUAGGAUAAACAAAGCUACCUGUCAGUUACCAGAAAAUACUUUCAACAUAAAUGAGCUCUUUGACAUCUUGAACUUUAUCACAGAUAGAAAAAGCCUGUUCAUAUGGAAGAACAAACUGGAGACAGAAGAAAACAUAGAACUGGAAGCAAUAAUGGAACUAAAGUUUGAGUCACCUAAAUUAAUUCUGAGAAUCAGGAGAAGUCACCUGGUUAUAGAUGCCCUAUGUCAAUUAAGCCAAGUUGAAAACAGUGACUUUUGGAAACUAUUAGUGGUUGAAUUUAUCAAAGAAAUUCAUCCUGAGAGUGGAGGGGUCACUGCUGAGUUCUUCUACUGUAUAUUUGAAAUAAUGACCAAGCCUAAAUAUGGAAUGUUCAUGUAUCCUGAAGAGGGUUCCUGCAUGUGGUUUCCUGUCAAUCCAAAAUAUGAAAAAAAGAGGUACUUCCUCUUUGGGAUGCUCUGUGGACUCUCACUAUUCAACUUCAAUGUCGCCAACAUUCCUUUCCUCCUGGCUCUGUAUAAGAAACUUCUGGACCAAAAGCCAUCUUUGGAAGAUUUAGAAGAACUCAGUCCUUUUGGGGGGAAUAGGAAUUUGCAAGUUCUAAAUGAUGAAGCUAGUGACAUUGAAGAACUUGACAUGUAUUUUUCUAUACACUGGAAUGAAAAUGAUGUUGACUUAAUUCCAAAUGGGAUCUCUGUACGUGUGGACAAAGCCAACAAGAAUGACUUUGUUUCUAAGUGUGUUGACUACAUUUUCAACAUCUCCAUAAAGGCAAUUUAUGAGGAAUUUUCUAGAGGAUUUUACAGAGUAUGUGACCUGGAUGCCAUCAGACAUUUCCAGCCCGCAGAACCAAUGACAGCAGUAAUUGGAAGUACUAAUUAUGACUGGGAAGGCUUUGAAAAGAAUUCACAGUAUAAGCAAGGAUACCACAUAUCACAUCCUACUAUAGUGAUGUUUUAGAAGGCUUUCCACAAGUUAACUUUGGAUGAAAAGAAAAAAUUCCUCCAUAAGUAUGGCAGUGCUGCAUGGCUUCACAAUUAUCUAUCUCAUACAAGGGUACAUAGCGUAUUUCUUACAGGGCGUGAUAGAUUGCAUGUAGGAGGCAUCCAGAAUAGAGGAAUAGUGUUCCGCUGUCCUGCAACUUUCAGUGAAAGAGAUUACCCAAGGUCACUGACGUGUCACAGUGUUCUGUAUCUGCCCCAGUAUUCCACAAUGGAAAGAAUGGAGGAAGCCCUUCACGUGGCUAUCAACAACCACAGGGGCUUUGCGCCCCCCGGGACCCUGCUGUAUACAUAUUACAUCUUGGAUAUUUUUACCUCCCUUUCUUCCACUCUCCCUUUAUUUCCUUCCCCAGAGACAAUCUUAAUAGUCCUAUCCCAGCCCUUGUCAACCAAGAACAUCUUGUUAAACCAUACUUACUCCUCUCUUACGAUACUAUUACUCAUUCCACCUAACAUAAUACAACUAUUCUAGUUACAACCAAAAAUGCAAUAAUCACUUCCCCAACGUCUCUACAAUUUGAGCAUUUUUGAAAAGUCUAAGCCCAGGUCUCUCCUGGGACUCAAGGCAAACACUUAACUAUGAACCUCUGUAAAAAAUAAAAAAUUAGUUACAAUGAUACAAUGGCACAGAGUAAAAAUUCUCAUUCCAAAAGGGAGACAUAAGGGAAUAAUAAAAAAGAAUUAGACCAAAGCAAGACCAAAACCUACCACAGCAAACCCUGAUACAUUCACAACAGGGCCAUAAUUCAUAUGUCUCAUUGCCAGGUGGCUCUGAUUUAAAUUUGAUUGUACUCACUGUUGAACCACUGGUGGUAUAUGCAUGACUGUCCCAUAAAGCAGCUUGCACCACUUUUCAAGAGGUCUUUGAUUAUAAUAAUGAAAAAAAAAAGCAUUGAUUGAGCAGAUGUCAUCAUAUUAUAGUUCCUUAAGAAAAACAUUAAAUGGUGUAUUAUAUUUGAGUUAUAUUUUACUUUCUCAUGGUACUGGAGAUCAAGCCCAGAGCCUCAAGCAUCCUAGGCAAAGGUUCUUCCAAAGAGCUACAUUCCCAGUCCUUUUCCUGAAUUUCAAAGGGAAAGGCAAUCUCUAAAUUUUAGGGCUCCCCUAGCACCCAAUUUUUGGUUACCUUUUAGCACCAACAUUCCUUUUUCUAAUGUAAAUGGCUGAAUUGUACUAAAUGGUUGUGGAAGAGAUAAGACCAAUUCUUUACACAUUUGUUCAAAAAGUACUAGAAGAAAGAAAACUUACCAAUUAGUUUUCAAACCCCAGCAUUACCCCAACACAAAAACAGACAGUACAGGAAAAGAGAACAUGUAUGUUUUUAUGAAAAGAGAUACAUAAAUCCUUUACCAAUUUUUAACAUAAUAAGCACCUCCAACAAAAUGUAGAAGGAAAAAUGCCUCACGGUCAUGUGGGAUUUAUCCAGAAAUGCAGAAAAGACAUUUAAGAAAAUUCAGUACCCAUUCAUGCAUGAUAAAUAUUCUGAGGAAACAAGGACUAAAACAGAACUUCACCAAACCUGAUGAAUCUACAUUCACCUAGGCCCAUUCUUAAUGGAGAAAGACUCAAUGCUUUCCUUCUAUAUUAGGUACUUUUCUUGUUGCUAAGACAAGC